UUGCUGGGACCUGAACCAGAGAUGAGAUUUUUAUGACACAGUUUUGUCUACAUCUCCAUAAGAAGUCAGAGUGUCAGAAGACAGUCUACUGGUCUAAACUGCCUGGGCGGACUAAUCCAACUGUGUUAAGAGCCUUUGAGAGCAAAAUUCUCAAGCACUCCUGAGGGCAGUUGGACAGACGGAAACCUGUGGGCGACCCGACUUUAUCAUGGAACUUGAGAACGUUGAUUCUGAGGACAAAGAGACGUUAAGCUGGGAUAUUAAUGAUAUGAAACUGCCACAGAACGUGAAAAAGACGGACUGGUUCCAGGAAUGGCCAGAUGCCUACGAGAAGCACAUCUACAGCUCGGAGGACAGGAAUGCACAGCGGCACAUGAGCAGCUGGGCCAUGCGCAACACCAACAAUCACAACUCCCGCAUCCUCAAGAAGUCCUGCCUGGGCGUGGUCGUCUGCAGCCGCGACUGCCUAGUCGCUGAGGGCCGCAAGGUCUACCUGAGGCCUGCCAUCUGCGACAAGGCCCGGCAGAAGCAGCAGAGGAAACGCUGUCCCAACUGCGAUGGGCCCCUGAAGCUCAUUCCCUGCCGAGGCCACGGGGGCUUUCCUGUCACUAACUUCUGGAGGCACGAUGGACGCUUCAUAUUUUUCCAGUCAAAGGGAGAGCAUGAUCAUCCAAAGCCAGAAACCAAACUGGAAGCCGAGGCCAGAAGAGCAAUGAAGAAAGCGCACUCUGCGUCGUCCUCUGUCUCCUCGAAGAUGAAACAGGGCCCACAGAUAAAGCCUCUUCCAGGUGAAACACAAAGUUGGGAAAGUUUAACUUGGUCUUUCCAGGAAGGUGUCCAAUUGCCUAGUAGUUACAGUGGACAUUUAAUAGGUAACGCUCCCCAGCAGAAGGCACUGAAUGAUGGCUCAUCCUUCUGUGAGAGUUAUGGUUUGGGGAGAACCUCUGACCCCAGAGACCCCACUCCCACCUUGGGCCCCACUCAGCUCUACGGGAAAUGCAAUUUGUCCAAUAGUCGGGUCCCCAGCAGCCAGGACCUGCUUCAGCCUCCUGUCUCUGGAGUCUUCUCUGAUUAUAGUGAUCUGCAAACAUGGAAUAAGAAUGUUGCUUUGGGGAGAAAUCCUUCCAAUGACAACAGUUGUCCCAGUUACGCUUUUCCUCUGACCAGCUGGCCUUACGACUUCUCCCCUUCCCAGAGCUCUUCAGAACCCUUUCUCCAGCAGAUUCCCAUGGAACCACCAGCACCCAAAACUAGCUGUCACCCCUUCUGGCCAAAUCAAGGGGGUGAACUUUACGAAGAGAAGGUGCAUGUGGAUUUUAACAGCUACCACCCUUCCACCACUUGCCAUUCACCUCAGGAAGACCCCUUUCUCCUCACCUACACCUCUCAGCCCCAUCAUCAAUAUUCUCUGCCUGGCAAGAGCAGCAAAUGGGAUUUUGAUGAAGAAAUGAGGUACAUGGGUUUGGAUCACUGCAACAACGAAAUGCUUCUGAACCUCUGUCCUUUAAGAUGAUCCAAAUCGGGAGACUUGUGCACUGCCGGUGGAAAUGUCAUUUCGUGCAGCCUCUGCGGCAAACAGUAUGGAGGUUCCUCAAAAAAUUAAAAGUAGAACUACCGUAUGAUCCAGCAAUCCCACUUCUAGGUAUAUAUCUGAAGGCAAUGGAAUCAGUAUCCCGAAGAGUUAUCUGCACCGCCAUGUUCAAUGCGGCAUUAUUUACAAUAGCCAAGACAUGGAAACAACCUAAGACAGAUGAAUGGAUAAAGACAAUGUGGUGUGUAUAUAUACACACAAUGAAAUACUAUUGAGCCAUGAAAAAACAGGAAUCACGUCAUUUACAACAACAUGGAUGGACCUUGAGGGCACUAUGCUAAGUGAAAUAAAUCAGAGAAGGAAAGACAAAUACUGUAUGAACUCGCUUACACAUGGAAAAUUUUAAAACCCGAAUUCAUAGAAAUAGAGAUCAGAUUUGUGGUUGCCAGAGGUGGAGGGUGAUGGGUGGGAGAACUGGGUGAAAGUGAUCAAAAGGUAGAAACUUCCAGUUUUAGAUAAAUAAGUUCUGGAGAUGUAAUGUACAGCAUGGUGACUAUGGUUAACAACACCGUAUUGUAUAUUUGAAAGUUAAGAAGAGAAUGGAUCUUAAAAGUUCUCAUUACAAGGAAAAAAAUAUAACUGUGUGGCGAUGGAUAUCAACCACUCAUUGUGGUAAACAUUUUGCACUAUAUACAUAUAUCAGGGCAUUAUGUUGUACACCUUAAACUUAUACAAGGUUAUAUGUCAGUGAUAUCUCAAUAAAAUUAUAUCUC